UAAAUCAUUAAAAUAUCAAACCACCUCCAUUCCUUCCUGUCUUCUUUUCUUUCCAUAAUUUUCACAUUUUACAAAACUUCUAUAACUGUCGCGUUCAACAACCCCAUCUUCAACCUCAUCACACCCCGAUUUUCUAAUAUACAGUAUCCUUCCUUACGUUUAUACCAUUUUUAUAUGUAUAUUAAUUAUCUGUUUGAGAGAUGAAUGCUUCCGGGUUUAAGCCAGCACUGCCUGGAAUUUCGAGCUCGAAAAGGCUCGGAUUUUUUAGCUUCAGUGGCGGUAAUCAACCCCUUGAUUUGAAACCGAGAGGGGUUUGCCUGAUCAAGGCUGCCAUGGAAGAGACCCGGACGCUUAAACUGGAUGUGAAUGGCAAGGUGGAGGAUAAGCUGCCAAAUGGGCACGCAGGCAAAAAUCAUAACCGAUUGUCUACAAUGGGAAACUCAACAAACAUAAAGUGGCAUGAAUGCCCUGUUGAAAAAAUUGACAGACAGAAGCUUCUCAAACAAAAGGGUUGUGUUGUAUGGAUCACCGGUCUCAGUGGUUCAGGGAAGAGCACUGUAGCAUGUGCCUUGAGUCACAUGUUGUACCAGAGAGGAAGCUUGUCUUACAUUCUUGAUGGCGACAACAUCAGGCACGGUCUAAAUCGUGACCUUAGUUUUAAAGCAGAAGACCGUGCCGAGAAUAUAAGGAGAGUUGGGGAGGUAGCAAAACUUUUUGCAGAUGCUGGAUUUAUUUGCAUCGCCUGCCUGAUUUCUCCAUACAGAAGGGACCGGGCUGAAUGUCGUGCAAUGUUACCAAGCGAUGAUUUUGUUGAGGUUGGUGCUUCGCCAGCUUAUGACUUAUUUUUCAAACUACAAGUGCAGCAAGUGUUUAUGGAUGUUCCCCUCCAAGUUUGUGAGAACAGAGACCCAAAAGGCUUGUAUAAGCUUGCUCGUGCUGGAAAGAUCAAAGGUUUUACUGGCGUUGAUGAUCCAUAUGAACCACCAUUGGAUGCUGAGAUAGUAUUGCAAUGCAACACAGGAGACUGUUCUACCCCAUGUGACAUGGCUGAGAAGGUGAUUUCUUACUUGGAGGUAAAAGGAUAUCUCCAAGCAUAAAAUUGCUGCUGCGAUCACGACUCUCAGUCAUGAUGCCUUUGUUAUUGGAGUAUUACUAGCAAUGGAGGAAGCUGCUCACUUCCGUAGUUGAUAAAUAUCAAAUAAAUCGAUUAGUCUUUCGGUGUUUUGUCAGUUAAUUUAUCAAUUAACUAACGAAACCUUCUUGGCCUCCGCAACACGGAUGGAAAUUUAAUUUCUUUUGAUUUGUAUUUAUUAAUUAAUCUGGAACUGGCUUGGGAAUAUGUAAAAUUCUUAUGAAUGUUUCUGUGGGGGACGUAGUUAUGCCACCGAAAGAGAGAGAAAGGAAAGAAUAAGAGCGUAUAUUCUUGUUUGAUUUC